AUGCAAUUCGCCAAGUUCCUCUCCCUGGCCAUCGUGGCCAUCGUUCCCGCUUUGGCUGCGACUGACGCCGCCCUCGAAAACACCGAGGCCUCGCUCUACCCGCUUGAGUUCUACCACGGUUCUCCUACUUGGAGUGAUGGUGAUGGAGCUUGUUAUUCUUCUUCCUCGGGUGUCAUCCACUCCGUUAAGCUUGCUCAUGGCUUGACUUGCAACCUUUACUUCGAACGCGACUGCAAGGGCGACCCCUUCCCUCUCAAGGGUGACACUCCCUCUGUUCUUCACGAGCAUGGAACCCCUGCUUUGAGUGCUCGGUGCUGGAGGUAA